AUGGCGGCGGUGGAAUCCUUAGCGACGGAGAUGGACACGGCGGUGCGUGUGGUGCACCUGGCUUCUUCUCUAUGUGUAAAAGUUCAGGAUAAGCUUCGUCUUCCUUCCUCCACUAACGAUGGCCACGUUAAGGCCAAGGAUGAUGAUUCCCCUGUCACUGUCGCAGAUUGGGGUGUUCAAGCGAUUGUGAGCUGGGUUUUAGCUGAGGUUUUUGGCACUCAGAACUUUUCCAUCGUCGCUGAAGAGGACACUGAGUCCCUCUCCAAUACCGAGUCAUUAGCUCUUUUAGGUGCUGUCUCUAACGCUGUCAACGAAGCCUUGUCUGAAGCUCACAAAUACGGUCUUCCCAAGCCAGACAAACCCUUGGAAUCUACUGAAAUUCUAAAUGCUAUUGGUCGAUGCAACUCUGUUGGAGGUCCUAAGGGAAGACACUGGGUUCUUGAUCCCGUAGAUGGGACGUUAGGUUUUGUCCGUGGUGAUCAGUACGCUGUUGCUUUGGCUCUGAUUGAGGACGGUAAAGUUCUGUUGGGUGUACUAGGAUGUCCUAACUAUCCGGUUAAGAAAGAGUUCCUAAGUAACGGUUGCAGCCAAUCUGGAGCUGGAUCAGUAUCGAAAGGGUGUGUCAUGUAUGCAAAGAGAGGUAGUGGUCAAGCUUGGAUGCAACCGUUGCUCCCUGGUGGAUAUCCGGAGUCUGCAACGCUUCUCAAGGCUUCAACAGUUGAUGAUCCGGUUUUAGCUACGGUUUGUGAGCCAGUGGAGAGAGCAAACUCUAACCACUUGUUCACCGCAGGGCUUACCAAUAGCAUGGGAGUUAGGAAACAGCCUAUGAGAGUGUACAGCAUGGUGAAGUAUGCAGCGAUUGCAUGUGGAGACGCGGAAGUGUUUAUGAAGUUUGCGCAGUCAAGUUACAAGGAGAAGAUAUGGGAUCACGCAGCUGGAGUUGUGAUUGUGGAAGAAGCUGGUGGUGUGGUGAGUGAUGCGGGAGGGAGAAAGUUAGACUUCUCAAAGGGAGUUUACUUGGAAGGUCUAGACAGAGGAAUCAUAGCGUGUUCUAAUCAAGUUUUGCAUGAUAAGAUUAAUCAUGGAGCCCAACGCAAGUAA